CUCAAUAUGUGUUAAGAUAUUUUGGUGAAAAUGAAUCUUGGUAACGGAAGCGUGUGAAAAUGUCGUAGGUGAUAGAGCUUGCGCAUAUAAAGUAAUGUGUCAAUGUUAUAUGUUCUAUAGAUUGCGUAAAAAAUAUUAUGUACAUGCAUGAUCUUAGGGUUCGACGUGAAAAGCCGAGCAACAGAGUUUGUACUAUUUUUGCCUUUGAAGACGCCAAGUAUUUUGCUCGACGCUCUCUCUGUGUUGCGUCAUAGACAGAGUGAUGUCAUAUUCAUAUCAACCAAAUGUUCAUGUAGCUACGGAGAUAUGAACAGAUAGAUAAAAUUUGACGAUGGGUAAGUUGUUUUGUUAUGAUGUAACAGCGGUUCACGUCGCAAAAAUUCCACUUUAAACAAACUUUGAAAUUCUAGUUGCUUUACAGUGUUUUUUUUACGUUUUAGGAUUAUUUAGAAAAAAGGAGUUACGGGAUCUCACCGUAAAGGUUGAUCCUCAGCAUUAUCAGAUAAAGAUUCAAGAUUUCAACACAUUGAAAAACAGCCUGAACCACGCCCUCUUGACGAUGAGGCAAACUGUGAAGGAUGUAAACGAGAAAACCCUUCAUAUUGCCGAUCUUGAGGACAAAAUGGAAAAUACGUCAAGCCACAUUGCUGACUCAGAAAACAACAUUGCAAUGAUUGAGCAGAUGUGUGAGGAAAAAGAGCAGGCACUGAAAAUUGUAAAACAGCAAAACACAACACUUCGUGAAGAAAAGUUGGCCGCCCAGAAUGAAGUUUCAGUAAAGAAAGAUGAACUCGAAGUUCUUAAGAAAGACUUGAGGGCAAAAUGUGAAAGACUUGCCCAACAAGACAAGACUAUUGCUGCCCUGAAUGAAGUGCUCAUUGCCAAGGACAGAAGCGAAAUUCUGGAGGCCCGCGAAAAAGCAGAACUGAAGAGAAAAGUGAAUGAAUUAACACUGGCCCUGGCAUCACGAGACCGGGAAGUAGAAGAUCUACAUUUAAGCCUGACCAAGGCAAAGAAUGAAAUGGCGAGCCUCGCUAUGAAGACAACUCAGCUGCAGAAGAAUGUCUUAGAAGAACUGAAUGCCGUGACCAAAGAACAAACUGUUGUUCUGCGGAAAAUGAAAGAGCGCAGUCCUGGGCGCUUGAUCGAUUUCUUGGAAAAACAAGAAUACAACAUUUUGUCCAGGAAAGAAAAGUUCCAGAUGCGCCAACAGAUGUACGACGCAGAACUCAAGGUAUUUCAGACAGAAAAGGAGAAGGCCCACCUACAAGCUAAGAUUUCAGAGCUCGAUCAGUUGGUGGCGUCGCUGAAAAUUGAAGGACACCCAACACCAGAUGGCGCGCAUGAGGACACCGCAUGCGCAUGCACCUCUCAGGCUCUUGUGCCUCAGAUCCACGAGAUGUCAGCUGACAUGGGUGGCACCGUUGCUGACAUUGCUGGUGUGAAAAACGGAGAUUUGACGACCACCACUUGCCCAACACGAUCUUGCAUUCACUCCCAGGCUGCAACAUAGAUUGUGGUUUGAAUUGCAGUCGGGGCAACACACGAAAGACACUUUUUCUGAAGUUCUUUUUUAUUUUUUUUGUUCAGAACUUCACCUUGCAUCUCCCUUGAACAUCAGGAAAAGGUGACUUUAUUGAUACAGACGAUUUAUCUUAAAGCAUCACAAUUUCAAAUCUACUUUUCGUUUACAAUAGUGCGAUAACUUCUCGUGCAAAUUGUUGUAGGCCCUACAUAGCCGAAUAAGCAUCCAGUUAGAGAAAUUGAAUAUUCAUCUGUAUGUCCAGCAAUUUCAUAUUGUAUAUAAUUGACAAUGUAUAUUAGUUUGUAUAUAAGUUGUAAAUAAUAUUGCAUAUAAUUUAUUUGUUUAAAAUAAAAACUUCAAUAUAUAUGUAAACACAUGGGCAUACCGCGUUAAAUAUUACCCUCCCUAUAAAAUGUAAUAAAUCAUUUUCUCUCUCUCUCUCACACACACACACACAUCUAGAAAUUCAUUCAACAAUGCAGUGGUAUAAAAGCAAGAAUUGAAAUUUUAUCAGGAAAAAAGGUACUUGUACGAUAUGCCACUAUCGGUGCGUUUUAGUCUUUAAUGUGGCUCCUCUUGAACGGUCAGAAUCCUGCUUUUGACUUCACAAUCCGGCGGGUGAGAAGGCAUUUUGUCACGUGCAAAACUGACAAGUAUUUACGGUGACCCAUUUUUCAUUUUUACAUCUGCAUGCAUUUACACAUGCUGCUAAACUUGCUGAAAUGACGGCUUGUAACGAGAGAAUACUGGCUGGCUGACAUGCCCUGGGACUGACGUCGGGAGUAAGCAUACACUGGAUAUUAUUUUUUAUGACAAAAGACACAUUUGGAAUGAAAAGCGUGGUUCUACUUCUAGUGACACCCUUUUGGAAUCAGUUAAAUGGUGCGACUAGAAUAAAACUGUUACUCGAGGCAAACUGAUCUCGAGCCCAUGGACUAUCUCAGUAAAUUGCUUGACAGGUUUGCGUUUGGCGACUUGGCAAUUUUAUGGAUGCUCAAAUAAUCUUAGAUGGUCGCUGAGGGUUGGAAUCAUUUUUGAUUUUUAAUAUUUGUUUCAUUAUUUCAAGAGAAAGUGUUAGUGUAUAAAUUGUGACAAUACGGCAAAUGUUUGGUCCUUUUAUCUUACAAUCUUUACGAUGUAUAUUUCAAAAGGCUUCAUUGAUGAUUAUUUGGAAGCCGUUGACCUAAUAAGUUUAUGUAUUUUUGUGGGCAUAUAAAGUUUCGUUUUGAUGUAGUAUGGACCCUGUCUAUGUGUAACUGCUUUAAUCGCAUUGUAAAACUUCUGUCGAUAUGGGAACAUUUUGUUUGCUUCCACGAAAGCUGUCACUAACAUUUCUGCUCAUAACCACCCAGAACAAGGCAGUGCUGGAUUGAAUCUUGCGCUCGGAAGAAGUGUGCAAAGUUUAUCUUAUGAAAUUCAG